AUGGAGUAUUGCACGAGAAUCAAAUCCAUCUUGGAUAUUCUUACCAAUAUUGGAGCCCCGGUUCCCGAAAGAAAUCUGGUCAUCUAUGUCAUGAAUGGCUUGUCUCAAAAAUAUGCUCAUAUCAUGACCACCAUCCGUCAUAAAAAACCAUUCCCAACUUUUCUUGAGAUGAGAUCCAUGCUCACCCUUAAAGAACGUUCCAUGAAAAAGGAACAAACCCGCCUCCUUCUUGUUUCACAUCCUGAUAAUGCAUUCUCUCCCAGUGUUCUCAAUGUUGAACACCAAAAUCGAAGUCAAAAUUACCAUGGAAAUAACUCCGGGACACAAAUCAACGGACAUGGGGGUGGUCGGACCUCACGCAGUGGUGGACGAAGUGGUCGUUCUGGUGAUCGGAAUCAGGGACAUCAUGGCAGAGACGGUGAAUGA